AUUAAACCUAUAAACAACAUAUUUUUAUUUAUACAGUAUGUACAUGUGUGGAAACACAGUAAAGUACAUGGUUCAGCAUUAUCAUACACAAUCAUUCAAAAUACAUUGUACUAUUUCUCUGUAGCUGGAAAUCACUCCUCGAAGUUGUCUGGACUAUCUUAAAAGAGGUUUCAAAUCAGAUGGUUAUUAUACCAUUUAUGACUUCAAGACCAACGACCGUAUUACAGUUUACUGUGAUAUGACUUCAGAAGCUGGUUCAGCCUGGACUUUAGUGAUGUCCUACGCCUUGGAGAACAGACGUAUGGAACAGAUCGCCAGUAAAUCAAUGCAACAAGACACUCCUGUGAACGAGCACUCACCUAACUGGAACCUCUACCGCACGAGUCUCUCUCAAAUGACUCAUCUCAAGUCUCAGUCAACCCACUGGAGAACAACCUGCAGCUUUCCAACUUACAAAGUUGACUACACUGAUUACGUCAGAGCAAAGUUUACAGACUUUGACAUUAUGACAUUUCUGGGUUCUGGUAUUUGCAAGAAAGUUGAAUAUGUAAAUAUUCGUGGUCAUCAAUGUGCACAAUGUACAACACAAUGGUGGCACGAAAACAGUCAAUACGCCCCCCACAUUGAUAGCAAUUAUUCCAAUGGCUGUCAGUUUGUUCCCACUCAAGGUUCUGUUUCGAGCGAGGAUAAUUUUGGUUACUAUGCCCCGGGAUAUGUCAACAAAAAGUUUCGCUGCACUGCUGGUCCCCUUUCUACAACCAACUGGUGGUUUGGUGGAUACUUGUAAUCAUCUUGCUAGUUCAGAUUUAAGUUGCAUUGUUUGCUUUUCUAAGAAACGUUUGUAGAAUGUAAUUAGUUCGCUUAAUAUUACUUCAGUUUAUAUCAUAAUGUACAGCAAAAUGUAUCACCACAAUAAAGUUUAUUGCAUAUUCAUAAGCUACAUUGUUUGUGUGUUUCAAAUUUUUUGCCAAAUAAACAUGAAAAGUCUUAGGUUGCUUAGCAAUGCCUGUGAUAG